GUCUCUUCGUCGGCGGUUGUUUGUAGCGUGUAGUGGUGUAGUGUGAGUGUGAUGCUGCUGGCGUCUCAUAAACCGCGCAACUCUGAAGAUGUGAAAUAUUGGGAGGGAAAAAGGCGUCCCAGCCUAUUUAUUCCACUGACCACCGGCAUAUCGUGGCGCUGAAAUCAGUCUUAUGAUUGACAGCUGUGCACUAUAUGCAGGCAAGUGCGUCUGAUGGUGUGUGGGGGUGCGUGUGAUGUCAAGUCAACUAAAAAAUCGUCUGCCGUAUAGUGUAUUAACAGAAAUACGUCAUGUCUACUGCGUUUGCAUCCAGUUCUAGAAUUGUUUGAAUGAAAUCGUCAAGGUGUAACUAUGAGUACUACAGCGCUCGAAGAAAACUCGCGCAAUUAUCGAUCUAUUCGAAAAAUGAUUGGGAAACAGAUGAGGUGUAACCUCUUAUAACAAAUAUAGAUUGUUGAUAGAAUUUUCGAGUUUACAUUCUAUCCCAGAUUAAAUAACGUUUUUGCUAUGAGUAAGGCUUAUGUUAACAGUGACAAAAGAAUGUCACAGCUUCCUGGAUGGCUUUGGCCCAAUUCCAAUGUUUUGUCACCUCUGUACAAAAGAAUCUGGGAGGCUGUUCAAGAGGAUCGCCCCAAGCCAGGUGCAGUGCACAAUGAAGUACUCGUUGACACAAACAAGAUCUUCCCACUCUUACUUACAAGUCAACUGCCUACAGAGGUUCUUGGCUACAUCUGGAGUUUGGCAAAUCAGAAAUAUGCAGGACAAUUAACUGAGCAAGAAUUGUAUGUUGUUCUUGCGCUAGUUGCACUUGCUCAAGCAUCCUAUCCAUUUAAUAGCUUAGAAGUUUUGUACUAUAUACGUAUCCCACCUACUCCAAAUUUAAAUCUAUCACUUUUGGAUGCAAACACGGUGAAAAAUGAAACUAAAGUUCAUGUAUCUCCAUUUGAUUCGCCAUCUCUGAAUUCUGUUACAAACAAGAAGCAUGGAAAUUCAACUAGACCUUCUAGUAAGUCAAUGAAUUUACCUUCAAAUGCUGAUGGACUUACUUAUAAUCACAAUCACUCGGAUUCAAGGGAAGUAAAAUUUUCCUCUGGUCAUUCUUCUUCCUAUAAUGCUAAUACAGUUUACGUUGAUGGAAGACAAAAUUUCUAUAGCCAACCAGAAGUCAAACAUCAGUCUUCAUCGUACUCUGCUACAUCCACAGAUUCCAAUGAUGACUUUUCUGAUUUCCAAAGUGCUCCAAUCACAAAUGUUCCUACCAUUCCAAACAUUUGGGAUUCGAAACAAGGUUCUGCAAUUGGAAGUCGGCUGGCUAAUCAUAAUCUUGGUGUUAAGAAACUUAAUGAUAAAGUAAAGAAGACUGGUACUAGUAAGAGUAGCAAUAAUAAUCAAGCGCGUAACAUAACAGUAUCUAAUCCCUUAUCAAAUGGCAGAGAAAUUCAGUCAAAUGAACUCUUGACAGAUUUAUUUCCCAAAUGCAACUUAAAAAAUCAAUCCAAAACAUUCAUACUGAAAGAUACUGCAAUAAGAAAUAAUGAUUCUGUCGAAGUGGUUAAACCUGCUCCAAAAGACUUACAGUUACCAAGUCAUGCAGAAAAGAUAGUUAAAAUAAAUCCUUUGCCAAAACCAACAUAUUCCAAGAACAUUGACUCAGUUUAUGUUGCUCCAUUGAAGGAGUCAAAAGAUGAUGGACUUCAGCAGGAUUUAAUGAGUCUGCAACCCACUACUGAAGAUAAAUACAGUGCGCUUAGAGCACUAGUGGAAGAACCACCUGUAGUAUCGGUUCCAAAACCAGUUGUGGAGCCCAUGAGUGUCUCUCCACCAGUGGAUGAUUUUGGAGACUUUGUUUCGGCAGAGCAGCCAGAACCUGUACCUACAGUAACAGUAGAAAAUUCUAGUGCCCUAAAUUCCAUUGAUUUGCUGAGCGAUUUCGAUUUUAAUACAGAGAGUAUAAUUGGCACAAAUAGUAAGUCUAGUCCUUCAUUAAUUCAAGAAAUUUCAGAUGCUUUUAAUGCUCUUGCAUUUGAAGAAAACACAGAUAGGCCAAUUGAGGAAAAGUUUGAUGUAGUGUUUGAUACGGCAGAAAAAGUUGUUCAGAGAGAAGAUGCUUUGUCCAUAAAUAGCAUAGAGUUAGGUCCACCACCCUCUGGAGUCUUAACUCGUUCAGGAUCUGUACCAAGUUUAGAUCUGAAGUCAUUUUUACCUUCUAGUCAAGACGAUGAGCAACAAAUUGAAAAUAUGCAUCAAAUGAUUUACUGGGAAUGGAAGCAAUAUAUGGAGAGUUGUGUUUUACUUUUACAAGUUGCAGCUAAUAUAUUUACAAGUAUUACAUCUGAAAUCGUUUUGAGAGAAGUUUUAUCAUCUGCACAAGGAUAUAAUUUCCUUUGCAAUUUAGCAGAAGUGGCAGCUGUUUGUAGAAGAGUCAAUUUUUCUCAUAAAGAGAUGGACAUUAACAUAAUGGGUUUUGAUGAUUUGUUGAUGGAUAUAGAUAAGAUUUGGUCCGAAAUGGAACCAUUUUAUACAAAUAUUCCGAUUGUUACAGAGUUACCAGCUUGGCCUUUACAUCAUGGAGAUGGUCUUACUUGUGCUUUAUGCUUAACUAUUAUCACGAGUGGAAGAAUUACGUAUAAUGAUAAUAAUUACCAUGCUACUUGUGCAAAUUUGUGGUUGCACACAGUUAAUAGUAAUCUACCAGCUCUUCGAUAUCCAAUACCAUACAUACAAUCAAUUCCUAUUCCACAAAGUGCAAAUCAUACUUGAUUAUAUGCAAAUUGAAAAUCGGAAUUUAAGGUGUAGAUGUAUGAUUUUAUAAUGUUUGUCUAUGGAUUACUGCAAAUUAAUUUUUGCGCACAAGUUUAUACUUUGAUGAAAAAGAAUCUCUAUAGGUUGAAUAGGAACAAUAACACAAUUUUAUUAAUUUAUAUUUCUGUAUAGAAUUUAUUAUAUAGCUUAUAUAAUAUUCACAUAAGAGAUAAAGGUGAUUGUGAAUGAAAUGUUGCAUACAUUUGUUAUUGAUGUAAUUUUAACAAUACCAAGUCAAACUAUGUUUUGGGGUAUAUUUUAGAGCUCCUAUUUUUUUUACAUACAUAAUAGCAACCUGCAAAAUUACUUGGAAAUGUUAAGUAUAAAAAACUUAUUUAAUGUUAAUAUAAUAAAAAAUUAACGUUGACUUGUAUCUCGUGAUCUGUAUGUAAUUCCUCUGCUCUUCAUCUCUCUUAUGAUAUUAGCUGGCACCCGUCCUGACACUGAUAUUGCAUAAACACCUUUAGUAAAUCGACCUGAAAAAAAAGAGAAUAAUUUAGGAAUCUCACAUAUUUUACUAAGUGAAGUUUUCACAGUAUCCUAAACUUAUGUAUGUACAUACAUGAUUUGAGAAAAUUUUCAAUCGUAAAUUCAAAGGAUAUAUAUUAUGAACAUUAUAUUGUGUCUCGUUGAAUUAUAUAAUAAAACAUUCCGUUGUAAUUGUAAAA